AUGACGGAGUGGACUCUGCUCAAACGUCUCCUGGAUGCCGUUCACCAGCAUUCCACCAUGAUCGGCCGCCUCUGGCUCACCGUCAUGGUCAUCUUCCGGCUGCUCAUCGUUGCCGUGGCGACCGAGGAUGUGUACACCGACGAGCAGGAGAUGUUCGUGUGCAACACCCUGCAGCCCGGUUGCUCCACCGUCUGCUACGAUGCGUUCGCGCCCAUCUCGCAGCCUCGUUUUUGGGUCUUCCACAUCAUCAGCGUCUCCACUCCAUCUCUUUGCUUCAUCAUCUACACGUGGCAUAACCUGUCCAAGCUGCCCCACAACGCCACCCAGAGGCAGGGGCAAGGACAGGGAGACUUCCCCGGGCCAGAUUUAGGACAAGACAGCGGUCGAGAGGCCUACGAUCGGAGCUGCGACUCGGACAGCUGCUCCAUCCGAUCCCACAAACAUCUAGGUCACAGCUUAGCAGAUGUACUGGAGGGUAUCACGAUCCAGAACCUCAACACCAACAACACCGUGUCCUUGAACCAGGCCCCAGCGUGCACCUUCAAGGAGGGGAAUGCGGAGGUAGUUUCUGGAGGAGUUCUGUCCAAAUGUUACAUCUUCCAUGUGUGUUUAAGGGCCGUCCUGGAGGUGGGCUUCGUCCUGGCUCAGUGGAAGCUCUUUGGGUUCCAGGUGCCGGUCCAUUUCCUCUGCACCUCCCCCCCUUGCAGCCAGCCGGUGGACUGUUACGUCUCCAGGCCGACUGAGAAGACCAUCUUCCUGCUCUUUAUGUUCUGCGUUGGGGUGUUUUGCAUCCUGCUAAACUUACUGGAGCUUAACCACCUGGGAUGGAAGAAGAUCCGGCAGGUGGUCAGGUUACGGGAAAGGGGGGCUUGGGGAGGCUGUUCGGGAAAUAGAAGAGGGUAUGAAACCUUCCUUCCCGACAGCCCCUCCCCAACAUCCUCUAUGGGCUUCAGGGACGUUACCAGCACCACCUCGUUUCCGACUUUGAAUCUGGUUGUGGGACACCAGCCGAACUGGACCUGUGCUGCAAACUGUGGCAAAGGAAAGGAAACUCAGGAGGUCCGGGAGAUGAGACCAGGACAACCAAAGAGACAAGACCUCCAUAAAGGGGAGAAGCAACCUCUGAGGAGUAAGAGGGAGAACAGAGGGUCUAAGCAGAGGAGUACUGAGGUCUGGAUAUAA